AUGGAUAUUACCAAGAACCUCACUAACAAGACCAGUGAGAAGGUGACCAUGCAGCUGGACCUGAAGGCCAGCACCUCUGAAGAGGAGACACUAUCCGAUCACUAUGUCAUCCUCAGGACCCUUGGCAAAGGGAACUUUGCUGAGGUGAAGCUUUCUUGCCACCUUCAAACAGAGGAGCAAGUUGCCAUCAAGGUCCUGCAAAAUGGAAGAAGGAAUGACUUCGGCAUUCAAACCGAACUUGACAUCUUGAAAACGUUGGACCACCCAUAUAUUAUCAAGCUGUUCCAUGUCAUCAACACCGAAGAUUACACCUAUAUGGUGUUGGAACAUGCUGCUGGUGGAGAUCUGGUGAGCCACAUUGAGAGGGUGGGCUCUCUGCAGGAGGAGGAGGCCCAGCACAUUUUUACACAGCUAGUGUGUGCAGUUCACUACUGCCAUAAGAAUAACAUUGCACACCGAGACAUCAAGCUGGAUAAUAUGCUGCUUGAUGACAAAGGCAACAUCAAGCUAUGCGACUUUGGCCUGGCCACCCGUGUCACCCCUGGCCAAAGUACCAAGGGCUUCUGUGGAACCAUUGGUUAUUGUGCUCCAGAGCUGUUCUCUGACAAAGAAUACGACGCCAAGGCAGUGGACAUCUGGAGCAUGGGAGUAGUUUUGUAUGCAAUGGUGACGGCAGACUUUCCAUUCAAGGGCAGUACCUACUCAGACAUGGAGGAGGAGAUGCAGGAUCCCAAGUACCACCUCCCUUACAGACUUUCAGAAAACAUAGCAGACAUCAUUGAGCAGUUGUUCACUGUGAAGCCGGAGCAGAGGCCCAAGAUAUAUGACAUUAGGCAGCACCAGUGGGUCAAGGCAAAGGAAGAAAUAUGCAAAACCACACCAUACUUAGAGGCACUCUGCAACAACCCAAAUCCCAGCAUUUUGGUGGCUAUGUGGAGGAUGGGCUAUGACCCAAAGGCCACUACUGCUUGUCUACGUGAGAAAAAAUUCAAUAGCAUAAUGGCCACAUACCUAAUUUUAAACCACAAGUCACCCCGCGACCACUCUAAAUAUGCUGAGAAGUUUUUGCAGGCCUGUGUUGCUAUGUCCCCAGCAGAUGCUCUCACUGGCGUUACUUCUCAGAGGGGACUGAGUGAGCUUGCUCUCUCCGCCUUGCUGGAGGAACACCGGGUGGAUGAUGAGAAGGGAUCAAGGAAGAAGACGAUGAGAAGCCUGAGCAUGCCUGCCACCUUGUGCUGCCAGCAGAAGGGAAACAAAUGUCCACACGCAGCCUCCAAAUUGGCUCGUCGUAAGAUUACUUAUGUCAAGAGUAGAUGUUUGGCAGUGGAUAGCAUGAUUUGCUAUUCGUCAUCCUCAGGAUCCCUGUCCUCUGAGAGCAUUUCUUUUUCAAAAUAUUUGUCCUUCAAGACAUCCCAGGAACUGAACACCCCCAACAACAGCUCAUGCACUCAGAGUUCAGGAAGUUACAGGGAGGUACCUCACAUUGUGAAUACCACUGGCACAUAUGACAUCACAAAAGAUUCUCUUCGGGAAAUAUCUGAGAACACCUUUGACGAUGUCACCCCUGAAGGCAUUCCUGAAAUCCAGAUUUCUUCCCUUCAGGAAACAUCCAAGAACAGCUUCGAUGAUGUCAUUCCUGCUGACAUUCCUGAAAUCCAGAUUUCUUCCCUUCAGGCAUCAUCUGACAACACCUUUGAUGAUGGCCUUCCUGAAGGCAUACCUGAAAUCCAAAGAUCUUCCCUUCAGACAUCAUCUAAGAAUACCUUUGAUGAUGUCCCUACUGAAGGCAGACCUGAAAUCCUAAGAUCUUCCCUUCAGACAUCAUCUAAGAACACCUUUGAUGAUGUCCCUACUGAAGGCAGACCUGAAAUCCAGAUAUCUUCCCUUCAGACAUCAUCUAAGAACACCUUUGAUGAUGUCCCUACUGAAGGCAGACCUGAAAUCCAAAGAUCUUCCCUUCAGACAUCAUCUAAGAACACCUUUGAUGAUGUCCCUACUGAAGGCAGACCUGAAAUCCAGAUAUCUUCCCUUCAGACAUCAUCUAAGAACACCUUUGAUGAUGUCCCUACUGAAGGCAGACCUGAAAUCCAGAUAUCGUCCCUUCAGGAAACAUCCAGGAACAGGUUUGAUGCUGUCACUCCUGAAGACAUAAUUGAAGUCCAGAGAUCUUCCCUUCAUGAAACAUAUGACAAUGUCUCUCCUGAAGACAUAAUUGAAGUCCAGAGAUCUUCCCUUCAUGAAACAUAUGACAAUGUCUCUCCUGAAGACAUAAGUUAUGAAGACAUAACUGAAAUCCAGAAAUCAUCCCCCCAGGCAACAUCCAACAACAUCUUUGAAGAUGUCCCUCCUGAAGAUGUAACUGCAGGCUCUGCCAGCAGUCUAUCCCGAGUCUGGAAAAGGGUUAAGAAGAGAAUUGGAAAUUGUCUGAGACGACUAUGCUGCUGUGUGCCAGCCUGCAAGAGAAGUCACGUGUCUCAGGAGGAAGCGGUACCAGUGGAAGUGGAGAGUUGUGCGGUUGCACACACGUAG